CGUUGCGUGUGGUUCUUUAUCUCUCCAUUUUUUUCGAUUGUUUAUAUAUUGAAGCUAUUGAGGGCUUUGAUACAGUCUUUUCUUUUUAAUCUUGUAUUUGGUUUUGGGUUUAUAUCAGUUCUUCUUCUUUAAAGGCUCAAACUUUAUUACUGGGUCUUCAAUUAUUGUAGCUAUAUUGUUGUGAAUUGAUUGCUUUGGCGCUUAUAUUGUUUUUAUUAUUGAAAUUCGGGAAUUGGGUUUUAUCCUUAAAGGUUCCAGCUUUUGGUUGUAACUCAUUUCUUGUCAAUUGUCUAUUGAAAAUUUAGUUGAUUCAUAGGCGUAAUUUUGAGGUUUUGUUAUCUGGGUUGUAUAGUAAUUGAUUCUAUAGUUGGUUUGUUACACUUUGCUAGAGAUCUAGGAAUCAAGAAGUUGGGUUUUCAAAAAAAUUUUGUUUAGGCUACUGGGUUUGGUAGUGUUUCCUGGUUCUGCUGAGAAGCUUGUUACAGAAUAGCAGAACGUUGAAUUCUAUUUAUUCUUAAUCAGAUUUAAAAGAUAUUUUGGUGGUGGAAACUUGCUGCUUUGUAGAAAUUUUUAUAAAAUUUGAAACUGGUAUUUAGUGAAUAUUUUAAGACAAUAAAAAGAUGACAAUUGAAAGUCAUGCUCCAAAGAAGGAGAGAAAGUCAAGGAAGACCAAACCAGUUAAUGAGAAAGCUCCUUUAUUGCCGAAAAGGCAAGAAGAACAUGCUGGUUUUGAUGAGUUUGAUGGAGCUUCCUUUACCGGGGCAGUGUUCAAUUUAUCAACUACUAUAGUUGGUGCUGGUAUCAUGGCACUGCCUGCCACCAUGAAAGUAUUAGGCCUUGGCCUUGGGGUUGCCCUGAUAAUCUUUAUGGCCUUCUUGACUGAGGCUUCAAUUGAGUUGCUGCUUAGGUUUAGCAGGGCAGGGAAGUGUGCAUCCUAUGGAGGACUUAUGGGGGAUGCCUUUGGAAAGUAUGGGAGGAUUAUGUUGCAAGUUGCUGUUUUAGUCAACAAUAUUGGUGUUCUCAUUGUGUACAUGAUUAUCAUUGGUGACGUGCUGUCUGGAACAUCUUCGGGUGGAGCUCACCAUUCUGGUGUGCUUGAGGGCUGGUUUGGAGAACACUGGUGGACUGCACGCACCUUAGUCCUUCUUGUCACAACACUAGCUGUAUUUUCUCCACUUGCCUGCUUUAAGCGAAUUGAUUCUUUAAGCUUCACAUCUGCUUUAUCAGUUGCCCUAGCAGUUGUGUUUCUUGUAAUCACUGUGGGAAUCACAAUCGUCAAGUUGAUAAAUGGAAGUAUAAUGAUGCCCAGAAUGUUACCUAAUGUUACAGACUUGACAUCAUUCUGGAAACUUUUCACUGUGGUCCCUGUUCUUGUUACGGCAUACAUAUGUCACUACAAUGUUCACAGCAUAGAUAAUGAACUUGAGGACUCCACUCAGAUAAAACCAGUUGUGCGGACUUCACUUGCUUUAUGCUCAACUGUGUACAUAAUGACCAGCAUAUUUGGGUUUCUUCUUUUUGGAGAUGGAACUCUUGAUGACGUUCUUGCCAACUUUGAUGCUGACCUUGGCAUUCCUUACAGUUCAUUGCUUAAUGAUGCUGUUCGUGUUAGCUAUGCUGCACAUCUCAUGCUUGUAUUUCCAAUUGUCUUCUAUCCUCUGCGACUCAACUUGGAUGGCCUCCUAUUUCCAUCAGCACGGCCUCUUUAUCAAGAAAAUAUGAGGUUUGCAUCAAUCACCAUUGGGCUAAUCUCUCUGAUCUUCUUAGGUGCUAAUUUCAUUCCAAGCAUCUGGGAUGCUUUCCAAUUCACUGGAGCAACUGCUGCAGUUUGCCUUGGGUUCAUUUUUCCUGCUUCCAUCACUCUUAGGGAUCGUCAUAAUAUAGCAACAAAGAAGGACAAGAUCUUAAGUAUUUUCAUGAUUUCCCUUGCUGUUUUCUCAAAUGCCGUGGCCAUCUACAGUGAUGCCUAUGCCUUGAUUAAAAAGAAUUCAUCACCUCGCCAAUGAUCUGUCAUGUUAACUCCAAACUGUGUAUUGAACCAGGUUAAUUGGCAGAUUCUAUUUCAAUCCAAAGUCUGAAUCCUCUGGGAAUGUGCAAAGUCAGUUGGUAAAGAAGAGGUAUAAUUCAGUUUGCUAAAGAAAGGGUCUCUAAACCCUCUUAAUAUGUGCAUUGUUGUACUGUUUUUGUGCUUUAUUUUGCCAUGGUUGUGUGGAUUAUAAUGAAAUUAUAUAAUGAAACUAUAGAAUUGAAGACAAGAAA